AUGUCCCACGCGAAAUUCGUUCUCACCCUGAAACAGGCAACACCUUCGUCGAUGCUGUCAUGCCCUCCAUCCAGUGGGGAGGACGGCCUCCGACCGUGGCGCUGGGCCGAAACUGGGAUGGUGGAGGACUUGGGCAUCGAGCCUUUGGCCGGCGAGCGCUUCGUGCCGGUGAAGGAUGGUCUGGAGUGUUUCGGCCGCAUCCUGGAUGCCAAGGAGAGAGCCGUGCCAUUGGCCGUCUUAGAUGUGCAUUGGCCAGUCUUUCGACAUCAGACCAACGUCUUUGCCGUCGACGAUCCACUGCUCGCCACCAUUGAGGCGGAGAUCCCUGCGCCGAGCCCAGAUCCUUUGAAGCAGGUGCUGCCCGGCUCCGCGCUCCUGUCGCUGGCGCUGGAGGUCGCGUCGCAGAUCCUGGGCACGGAGACGGUGCAGCUGCAGGACGGGGUGGUUCACUCCGCUUUAGCAGCCGAGCUGACGGCCAUGAAGCAGAGCCUCGGCGGGCAGCAAGACAAAGGAGACUCCAAAGAGGCUUUGCACUGUACGGCCAACUUUACGGCCGCGGACCUGGUGCAGCGUCCGAGGUUUCAGGAGAACUUUUCUGCAGCUGGGUACUUCUAUGGGCCAGACUUCCAAGAUUUUGUCCUGGAUCCGGCGCACUUGGACAUUGCGAUGCAGCUGGCCUCUCUGAUUCAUCCCUUGGGGAUGCGAGGUGCUCCGCAGUCCAUCCGCCGGCUGACGGCAAAGGCACGGAAAGACCUGCACGUGAUCGCACGCACGUGGACACCACACGCCCGAGGGGUGAUUGCUGUUGUGGAAGAAUAUGAGGGGAAAUCUGCUGUUGGGGCAGUUGGCGGCAGCACAGAUUGGAGUGGCCCAGAUUUCGGCAAAGGUCGGAGCAACGCUGACGAGCUCCGAGGGCCGAGUUCUUCAAGGCCUUUCCUUGGCCACGAUGCACGUUGGAGUGCCUCUCAAGAGUGGCCGCGCCGUGUGGCAGGCGAGACGGCGACGUCGAGACGCGCGGUUGGAAACACGGGCGACGACUUGGGCGAGUCGACUCGCUGUGUGGCGACUGUCGUCACGUGGGGUCUCUACUCGAAGGAAAAGGAGGAGGAGCCGCACGAGGCGGUGGCCAUGGCCGUGAAGGCCCGCAGCCUCGAGGAUGUGACGCUUGGUGACGGCCCAACGACCGACGGCCGGAAGCGCUGCCAGGAGGAAGUUCGCAGCCUUGCGGCCAAAUGCCGUUGCUGGGUGCUUUGCCUGGAAGAAGAAGGCUGCUCCUUUGCAGAAGCAGCUGCAGAGGCAGCCGUCGAGGUUGGUGCCAUGGCGGUCAUUGGCACUGCGUCGCAAUGCUCCGAACUGUCCUUGGAGUUGGGAAUGGAUGCUACAGCUCGGGCCUCGUGCGAACCCUAUGUGGUGGAGAUUGACUCCUCCAAGGCUCACAAGGGAGCCCAGUGCCGACUCUGUGAACGUCGAAGCCCAGGGCGAGGAGAGGUGGAGAUUCACAGCUCCUUCUGGGCCUUGAACUUCCGUGCCGAAGCCGCGCUGAGCUUCGUUGGACCGUCUGAAGACGGUGAUGUGCUUGUGGCCGUUGGUGCUAUCUCCGCGAAUGUGGGUGGCACCUCUUUGGGGCUGGGUGGGGAAUGCUAUGGCACGGUGACAGCAAUAGGCGAGGGUGUAACUGAUUUGGCCGUUGGCGACGUGGUCAUUGCAACACCUCCAGAUGGCAUGGGUUCCUACCUUGUGGCGGACGCGCGUGUGGUGACCAAAGCUCCCGAGUCCAUGAGCCCGGAGGAGGCCGUCGCAGGCACCUGCGCCUAUGCCACAGCCUGGUUGGCCUUGCACUGGAUGGCACGCAUCCGUGCAGGUGAACGCGUCCUGAUCCACAGCGCGGCCGGUGGCGUGGGGCUGGCGGCGGUGCACCUGUGCAAGAAGGUGGGCUGCGAAGUAUAUGCAACAGCUUCCACUGAGGAAAAGCGAGCACUUUUGCGGCAACUGGGUGCGCAAGUGUUCCACAGCAGGAAAGUUGCUGACUUUGAGGAAGGCAUUCUGGAGGCGACGGACGGCGAAGGGGUGGAUGUGGUGCUCAACUCUCUCAGUGGCAAAGCGAUCCCCGCAUCUUUGAACCUGCUGCGCGACUUUGGGCGAUUUGUGGAGAUUGGCAAACGCGACCAGUAUGAAGGCACUCAAAUGGAGCUGACUCCCUUCUUGAAAGGCAUCUCCUAUCACGCGGCCCACUUCGACGUUCUCAUGUUAAAACGCCCUAAUGAGUGCCGGCGGCUGCUGGAGGAGGUCUGGGCCGAGCUGCCCAACUUGCCGCGCUUGCCCACCAAGACCUUUGGCAUGGCCGAGCUCAAAGGUGCCUUGGAAUACUUUGCCAAAGGCAUCCACAUCGGCAAGGUCUUGGUGGCGGUUGAGGAUGGCGUCCCUGUGCUGCCCAGGCGGCCUCAAGUGGUGGGUCCCACUGGAGAUAUCGUCACGCAAUCUUUGCGGGCUGCCGGCACAGAAGAAGGUGGCAUGAUUGUGCAUUGUGUGCAGUGCCUCGAAGACGUCCCGGAGAACCUGCACCAAGCGCAGAUGGUUGUCACCACUUCCAGAUCUGUAGCAGCUGUGCUAAAGGAGUUGAACCCAGAGGCUGGCUGCAUUGUGCUCCCUCAAUGGGAGCCUCCGAGCAAUUUAGACGAGUGGCUCACCUUGGGAGGACUCAUCAUCACAUCCGAAGACGAACCUGAAGGCGAUUUGCGUGGCUGGCUCUUCAGCAUCGUCGAAGAGAUGGCGGGCCCCAUCGAGAUGGACACGACCUUCGAAGAUGCAGGUCUGGACUCCUUGAGCCUCAUCUCACUGGCCAGGAGAUUGUCCUCAAAGGUCAACAAGGUCAUCACUGUGGCAGACCUCUCCGACAAUCCAACACCACGCAAGCUACUCGAGUCUUUCACUGGCGGACCGCUGCCCGAAGUGCCACGCCCUCGGGUGGUGUGUCUCCACGGCUUCCGCUCCAACGGAGACGCCCUCGCCGCCCAGAUGGGUCCGAUGAUCAGUCAUUUGGGCAUGAUGGAGUGGGUCUUCCUCACUUCGCCGCGUCUGGGCACUGGCCCUGCUGCACCUCACAUCUCAGAUGGUCGAGAGUGGUGGGGCUCGGGUGACUUUGAGACAGGUUGGCAGAGGAACUACGAGGCCCUCACUGCGACGCUGCCCAACGUCCGCGCCGUGAACGCCGUGGGCGCCGUGGGCUUCUCGCAGGGUGGCGCAGUGGCUGCUUUGCUGGACUGCUCCUGGAGAGUUCUUUUCUCUCCAGUGAAAGUGCCCGGUCUACGACCUCAAUCUUCUGCUUGCCUCCUGACCUACGAUGAAAACGAAGAGUACGUGGAAGAAUGUUCCUUGGAUCGGCCCGGUGGUUUUGUGCUGCCAGGUUUCCAGUGGCCUCAGCCCCAGGGAAGACGGUGUUUCACGCCAUGGUGA